UGCUGCUAAUCUACUGCUAUUAUACAGAGGAAGAAGUUUCCGAUGCAACAGCUAGGCAUCACCAUGCCUACUGCUGUGAUUAUGGAGGAAAAUUAUGAUAAAUUAUUAGAGCAGUGUGAAGCUCAAGAGCUCGAGGCUCCAGGGGGCAUUGCAACACCUCAAGUCUACGCUCAGUUGCUCUCGCUCUAUUUACUUCAUAAUGACAUGAAUAAUGCCAGGUAUCUGUGGAAACGGACUCCCCAAGCAAUAAAAUCGGCAAACCCUGAAUUAACAGCUAUUUGGGCUGUUGGCCAACGCAUUUGGCAGCGAGACUUUCCAGGGAUCUACACAGCCAUCGCAGCUUUCCAGUGGUCAGAGAAUAUCCUUCCGGUCAUGGAGGCCCUGCGAGAGAGCACACGGCAAAGGGCGUACAGUCUAGUGGCACAGGCAUACACUUCCAUCACAGCAGAGGAUUUCGCUGCCUUUGUGGGAUACUCUGUGGAAGAGGCCGUAAAGGGUGUGGUGAGCCAGGGCUGGCAGGCAGACCCCACUACCAGGAUGGUGAUGCCCAAAAAGCCAGAUCCUCCCCCCGUCUCAUUGGUUCCAAAUGAGCAGCAGUUGGCCAGACUCACUGACUACGUGGCUUUCCUCGAGAACUGAUAACCCACCACCACUGCCACCCUUUUCCCCUUGCUUGGUACAGAGGGGGCAUACAAGUUUGGAUAGACUCUUCUUACUUCCUGCAAAGUCCCACUCCCCUGAUUAAGAUGUACCAAAAACACACCUACCAUCUUGCAUGAACGCUGCAAGCUCUUCUCCAAGACCUGUUUGUUGACUAAUAUAGCUUCCCCUGUUAAUUCAUGUUGAAAAUUAGUUAUCUUUCAGACACACUGCUAUAUUGUAUUAUUUUUGUCCUCUUGCUCUCUCCAGCCCACCUGUCAUUUGGGUCUGAUUUGAAAGGAGGUAUUAUAAGAAAUAUGUUUCCCAUCACUGACAGUAUGUUUUUAUUGAUAACCUGACAAACCCUGUACCACACAGUGGAAAUACACAGACUAGUUUGUCCACUACAUCCAUUCUGUUGUAGCCCCUACAGCUUGCAGUGAAACUCAUUAUGUCAGGUAACAGAAGUCUUGGCAUGCAUGCAUCACCGUGAGGAUUUCGCUCCUCAGACCUCAUGUUUUGAAGUUUAUGUUUUGACUGGUGAAUAAAUCUUUUGCUGUUUCUAA